AUGCCAACCUCGCCGCUGCUUGUAACCAGCAGCAACCCACCUUCCAGGAAGGUUUUCAGCGUUAUCAGUGAUUUUGAUAUUUCUGUUAAGAUUUUCAAGGGAAGGGGGAUAAAAAAAUCCAACAUGUGGUUCCUUUUUCUGAUGGCAUGUACAAUCCAAGGAAUUUUGUCUUCAAAAGAACCAGCACCUAGAACAGGCAAUGUGAAUCCUGAAGCAUACAUGAAUGUAAGCGAGAUCAUCCACCGUAGAGGAUACUGUGCUGAAGAAUAUGAAGAAGUAACACCUGAUGGUUACAUCCUCACUGUCAACAGAAUUCCUUGUGACAGGAUUCUGGAACAUGAGCCGCCUAAACCCGUUGUGCUUUUGCAACAUGGCUUUGCUUUAGAGGGAAGCAGCUGGGUUGCAAAUAUGCCCAACAACAGCCUCGGGUUCAUGCUAGCAGAUGCCGGAUAUGAUGUAUGGAUAGGGAAUAACAGGGGCAACUCCUGGUCACGAAAGCAUCAAAAACUUACAGCUAACCAAGAACAAUAUUUUGCUUACAGCUUUGAUGAAAUGGCCAAAUAUGACCUUCCUUUCAUAAUCUCAUUUAUUGUGGAGAAAUCUAGAAUGCCCAAGUUGCAUUUUGUUGGAUUUUCUCAGGGUGCUACUCAAGGUUUCAUCACAUUUUCAUCUAUGCCACACAUAGCUGAAAAUAUAAGAAUGUUUCAUGCCCUGGCUCCACUGAGCACACUUAAGAAUCCCCAGAGCCCUUUUGUCAAGCUGCUGUUCGCAUCUGAUGGAGUAAUAAAGACUUUCUUGGGCAAGAAAGAUUUCUCACUGAGAAGUGAGAUUAAGAGAGAAGUUAUUACUCGUAUAUGCAGCUCCAAAGUCUUCAACAAGCUCUGUUCUUGGGUCCUGUCAGUUGUUGGGGGAUCUAAUGAGAAGAACCUAAAUAUGAGUCGCAUUGAUGUCUACAUGUCACAUUUUCCAGAUUCAACAUCUGUACAAAAUCUACUGCAUUGGGGACAGAUACACAAAACUGGAAAAUUCAGAGCUUUUGAUUAUGGGAGUAAAAACAUGGCUAGAUACAAUCAGACUGAACCUCUGUCAUACAACCUAGAACGUCUGAACAUACCAACAACUGUGUGGUAUGGUGAAAAAGACUGGUUUGCUGAUCCUGAUAAUGUCAAACCAUUGAUCUGUCGUGUCCGUAAAGUAGUCAGAUAUGGAAAUAACCUAUCUAACUAG